UGAGUAAGUUAUUAAUAGUAUGGACAGUGGUGUACCUCCCCUGACAAUUCAGAGGACUUUCAUAAUUGAAGUAGAAAAUGUGAAUGAACCUCUCAGUGAUAUAAUUUUGGAAGCAAUUUCUCCAGUCUCUGAAGAUCUUCCACUAGGAUCAGUCUUGUCCAAAAUCCUAAUUUAUGAUCCAGAUGAGGACCUGUCACACAUCUGUCAAGUUCUUCCAGGCUCCACCCCUUUUUCCAUUGUCACAACCGAAAACAAUGUAAAGGAGUUGAUGUUGACAGGGGUAUUAGAUUAUGAAAUCAAAUCAACGUAUCAACUCAACAUUAAGUGUUCUGAUGGAGAGUUUGAUAUGGUUAAGGAGAUAACAAUAGAAGUGAAGGAUAUAAAUGAGAGACCAUUAGGAAUAACUCUGAGUGGAUCUCACACAGUGUUAGCCAAUGGUACAGCAGGAUACAGUAUAGGAGAAAUCGCUGUCUCAGAUCCCGACAUAGACCAGACCCACACUGUCACUGUCAAGGGACCUAACUCAGAUUUUAUCAAGGCACUUAAACAACUCAAUUCUCCUUAUUAA